AUGGCUGAGAGAAAAGAGGACCUUGGCCCCCUGGCUGCAGAAAAGGCGCAAGGAGCAGAGCCUGAGCCAGGGGGAGAGUUGGCUGAGGACCAGGAGGGGGUCCUCUCGCAGGGUGUGUCUCAUGGAAGUGCUGCUUCUCGGUUGCCCAUAGGGGAAAUCGGCAUUGUAGAGAGUAUUCAGCUGGAGAACUUUAUGUGCCAUGCCAUGCUUGGACCAGUGAAAUUUGGGCCCAAUGUCAACUUUGUGGUAGGACAAAGGGGCAAAAGUGCAUUGCUGACAGCUCUCAUCCUUGGUCUUGGUGGAAAGUCGUUAGGAUCGCCUUUAAAAGAGUUUGUGAAAGAUGGCGAGGCUUCGGCAAACAUCUUGAUCACGUUAAGUAACAGAGGGGAGAAUGCUUACAAACCUGACUCGUACGGAAGCUCAAUAAUUGUGCAUCAGUGCAUCAGUGUAAAUGGGACUGUGAGUUACAAACUAAAAGACCAAGCAGGAAGCGUAGUUACUUCUAAGAAAGCAGAACUUACAGACAUCCUUGAGCAUUUUAAUAUCCGAGUAGAUAAUCCAAUGACCAUUUUACAGCAAGAGAUGGGCAGGCAGUUAUUGCAAGCAAGAAGUGAUGGUGACAGAUACAAAUUCUUUCUGAAAGUGACCCAGCUCGAUCAGAUGCAUAAUGAUUACUUGUGCAUUUUGGAGAGAAAAGCCAGGACUCAGGAUCAGAUAGAACAAGGAGAAAAGCAGCUCCAGGAGCUAAAACAGCAGGGCAUAGAGGUAGAACAGUGUUUCCAGAGUAUGGCUGCCUCGAGGAAGAGAUUAGAGGAUCUGAAACAUGAGAUGGCUUGGGCAAUAGUGAACGAAUCAGAAAGACAAAUCGAAGAUAUGAUAAGUAAUAUAAGUAUUGGAGACCAGGAUACUGUCAGAUUAAGUCAGAAACUGGAGGCAAGUGAGGCCAAAUUUAAUGAAACAGACAAGAAGUUCAAAGAAAUUCAGGAGAACUUGGAACAGUUAAACAAAGAAACCACUGAGUUAGAGACUGAAAGCAUUCAGGCAAGAGACCAUGUAAAUAGAAAGGAAAAGGCCUAUGAGAAAGCUGAAGAGUUAUAUAAUUCUUUCCAGGAUGAAUUAAAACAAUUAGAGAAGGCAAAAGAACGUUGCAACCAAAUGGAAGAACUGAAAAGGAGUAUGGAGCAAUCCAAGUUAGAAAAACAGGGGAAAAUUGCCAUGUUGCAGGAACAGUUAAAUAAUUAUAAAGAUCAGGAAAAUGCACUUAUUCAAGAGGUGGGAUAUCUUCAGGAAGCUAUAGAAAAAGACACUGAAGAACAUUCUAGACUUAAGGGAGACUGUGCAGAAGUGCAGCAAAUACUAAGAGAUAAGCAACAACAGCUAAACCAAUUAAAAGAUUGUAAAACUAGUCCACUAAAAGUAUUUGAGCCACAAAUUCCAGCCCUUCUUGAAGCAAUAGACAAUGCUCAUAGACAAGGGCUCUUCAGUACCAAACCUAAAGGUCCACUGGGAGCUUACAUUCACCUCCAGGACCCUGAAUUUGCUUUAGCUGUUGAGUCCUGUUUAAAGGACCUCCUCCUCGCCUUUUGUUGUAACAGCUACAAAGACGAGCAAGUACUUCAGACGCUUAUGAAAAGGUUUUAUCCAAUAGACUGUCCACGACCACAGAUAAUUGUGUCAGCGUUUAAGAAUGAGAUAUAUGAUGUAACAGGAAGAGCAGCCUAUCACCCAGAGUUUCCAACAGUUCUCACAGCUUUGCAAAUAGAUGAUGCUGUGGUGGCCAAUGCUUUGAUUGACAUGAGAGGCAUAGAGUCGGUGCUGCUUAUUAAAAGUAACUCUUUGGCUCGUACAGUCAUGCAAGCUCAGAAGCCCCCCAAGAACUGUAGUGAAGUUUUUACCGCUGAUGGUGACCAGGUGUUUGAGCGACGCUAUUACUCAUGUGACAAAUCGAGACCUACUUACUUGAUUGAUGUUGAGGUAGAGAUAGGUCAUUUGGAGAAAGAUGUAGAAGACACAGAUGCACAGUUGUCUGUGUUUCAGCAACGUGCAUAUUCACUUGAAAAUGAUAUCAGAAAGAAUGAAAACACCAUGAAUAGUUAUCAUCUACAUUUAAAAGAACUAGCAAUUAGAGUAAUAAAACUCAACAUACAAAUAAGUGAACUUGAAAAAGAAGAACCCCAGUCAAUAGGGUUCUUAACUCUGGAGAAAGCUCGAGAAAUUAAAAGACAGAUGGAACAGGUUAAGGAAAAGAUGAAAGUUCAAAUGGAAGAGAUGAAUAAUUUAAGAAAAGAGAUAGUAGAUGCUGAACAGAGACAUGAAAGCAUUAAGGCGAAAAUUCACAAAGUUCAGGAAUUAUCAGAGUCUGUUAGGCAAGAACUAAACCAGAUUAAUUUAGAAAUGGACUCUGAAAAACGAAGCGUACGCCAUUAUCAAGAUAGACUUACACACCACACGAAUUCUCUCCAAGUGAAAAAAGAAGACUUGACUAAGAAAGAGAAAGAAUUAGAGAAAGAGAUUGCUCAGGCCAAAUACAUCUGCCCAGAGCGAAAAGAGAUUGAGAAAACUACUGCUGCUCUUGAUAAAGAAAUUACUUUUUUAAAACAGAAGAUACAAUCAGAAAACACCCGUCACAGAAGCAGGGAAGAAAUAAUAAGGCAGUUCCAACAAAUAAAAGAAAGAUAUCAUUCUCUAGAUGUUAAAGUGAAGAAUUUAAGAAAUUGCAUUAAAUCACUGGAUCAAACAUCAGUGCAAAAAUAUGAAAUAUACCAGCAAUUUAGAAGAAGUCUUGCUUUACGAUGCAGGUUGUACUUUGACAAUCUAAUAGCUCAGUCAGCCCUCUCAGGAGAAAUGAGGUUUGAUCACACAAAUGAAACUCUUUCUAUAAGAGUCCAGCGUGGAGAAGGAAAUACAGCUGUUUUAGGUAACACAGAGUUGCAAUCAGGGAGUGAAAACUCUUUUUCAAACUUUUUUUUCAUUCUUACUUUAUGGUACAUCACAGAAGGUCCCUUCAGAUGCCUAGAUGCAUUUGAUAGUUUCUUGGACCCAGGCAGUAGAAGAAUUGCCUUGAACAUAAUCCUCAAGAUUGCACAUUCCCAACAGUUCCGUCAGUUCAUUCUGCUCACUCCACAGAGCCUGAGCUUUCUUUCUCAAAGUCCACUGAUUAAAAUACUCCACAUACCCGAUGCUGAAAGAGACCAGAGAACCCUGCCUUUCCGGGCAGUUAAAGAAGAGGAAGAAGAUUGA